CUUCGGUAAUCAGGAACAUUGUAUCUGCUCGUCCGCUAGAUGAACACUUUAACGAACUUAUCAAGUUAUCAAGGAUGACUUCUAUAAAUGCAUCGCACAACGAUGUACCGUCCACCGGUUUUAUCAGCCGGAUAUACGGAAUCUAUAUGACGGUUCUGUGGAUGAUGGGAUUCAGCCAGUUUCCUCAGGAAGUUUACUCCACCCGUCCAAUGCUGACGGCAGCCGCUACCGUUUUCGGAGCCGUACAAGCAGCAGCGAAUAUUAUCAGUCAACUGUAUUUUAUGCUCUUUGAUUCCGCGCCGUUGACAACGGAAACUAGUUUCAACGAUCUGAUUGAAUACGCGUCUCAGAUUCUGUACUCGUUUGUAAUGAUUUACGCUUGUCUAAUUGGAUGGAAAACUGUUCGACCGUCGUACCAGUUGGUUAAGACCAUCGAUACGCAAUUUAUCCAUCAUAUUCCUGCACGUGUGCAGCGCAGCGCUCUGAUUGUUCUGGGCGUGGCAUUAGUGGUCAACAUCAGUGGAACCGUUCUCGAUAUUGUGCUGAGCGAUGUUCCUCUGUAUCAAAGCGCGGGAACGGCCAGUUGUCGCUCUAAGAUCUGUUUUGUAUUGAUUGCCGUGUAUUAUGCGUACUGGCGCGUAUGCUUUUUUUCCAAAAUGUUUUUACAAAUUUUGUUGUGGUUCACAAUGAUUAUGUUGACGAGGUUGGCCCGUGUUGUCAGCGUUGAAGCUGACGCUUUCAACGGCACAAGUCCAGACUUCGUUGGUCUGUCCAUAAAGCGCUACGAACACAUUCGCCAACAAACCAUGCAAUUCGGAAAACAGUUUUCUGUCUUUAAUUUCCUGUAUACUCUGCAUUAUUUCGUCUUGUUGCUGACAAAUUCGUAUUCUCUUGGCAAGGACUAUGCGGUAACUCAGACGAUCGAUUGGUCUAACUUCUACUUUUUUACCCGCAGUGCAUUUGUACUGGCAACUAUCGCAACGGUAUUUGUUACCAGCCAUGAAAAUAUGACAGCAGUUCUUCCAGUAAUAAGCAGACUGAUAUUUAAAUAUGGGAAAAGCUUCAGAUCAGCUAACUUUCAACAGUUGGCGGACAAGGUUAAGAAUGAUCCUGUUGGCUUUUCCAUGGGAGGGGUAACCAUUACAUUUGACCUAUGUUUCGAGGCGGCUGGCAUUAUAUUUGCUAACGUGGUGCUUUUUGCUGAACUGGGACACGAGAACCAUCUUCUUACUGGUUCCUUGAAAGCUUUGCGACAGUUAUCAGGAACCAGUCGGCCGGUUCCUUGGUAAUAUAAGGAAUGACUGAAAUUCUUGUUACUGCUAUUCGGUAUCUAGUUUUAACUCGGCAUUUUCUGGUGCAAUUAAUAUACAGACACGGUUGUUCGAACGUUUUUUAAACUCUUUUUGCAUAUGCAUAUCACAGACAACGGGUUAUUUAAAAGUUUGGUUCUGUGUUUUCAAAAGUUGCGAUCGCAUUGAGUUGUACGAUUCAAAUACAGAUGAAUUGUUUUUAUCGGCAACAUCACGACAAAAUGUUAAGACUGCGUCACUGCUGCAAUGUACCGGCAUUAUGGUGCACGAUUUCGUGUGGUUAUGCAAAACAAAAACUAGAAAUAAUGUCUAACAUAAUAUUAAUGUGAGUGCAUGGACGGUUUUUUGCAUGCCGCAUACGAGCUGUUGACAGUGAUAUUUCGAAAGAACAUUUAUCAUUAAACUUAAUCGGUAGUUUGGAGUGGAUGUUGGAAAAAUAUGCUUUCUGUGAAACCCGAAGGAAAUUUGAGGAGUCCAUUUCCGGUUGACGGGUUUAAAUGACAAUCGUUGUUGGUGCACACCAUGAGCACACUUCGGACAUUCGACUCCGCUGCUGGUUCAGUAAUGUCAAGUUCUGUCAAACAAACGUACAGAUAUAUAGAAUUACAUCAAUAACGCGCCCGUAUUAUGCGGUGGACCAGCGGAAACCGCUCAAAUCAAAAAAUGCUUAGCGUUGCGAUCAGGAAUUCGGUAUAAGCGAAUUAGCUGAUUAUUCCAUCUGUUUGAUUCGUUAAUAUUUAGAGAGCAAUGACCCUUACCAAUAAAAUGCACAAAAACGCUCCAGCUACCGGCUUUAUAAGCCGGAUCUACGAAAUCUUGAUGACAGUAUUGUGGAUAAUGGGAUUCAGUCAAUUUCCUCAAGAGUUGUUUUCUACUGGUUCGCUGCUGACGGCAGCGGCCAGUUCAUUCGGACUCGU